AUGCUGAUCAUGCGAUACCUGUCAGUGAGUAAAGAGCCUGUGCUCAUGUUUUCGGAUUCCGGCUGUACGGGAACACUGACACCGGUCUGCGAGUCACUGGCAGGUGCUCGUCAUGUGGGGUACUAGCCUCUCGCUCGCUUGGGGCCAAACGGUGACGAAUGGCACGGUGAUGUCGGCUAGCGGGAACAUCACCGAAACCAAUUCGGCAAGGGUAGCGAGCACAGGUUUCUCCACAGUCAGCUUGACAUCCCUCUCGACAGCCACACUAGUGAACGGCACCUCGGCGUCCGCUCUGUCGUCACCAGUCGCCGCAGCGACGACAACGUCGAACUUCAGUCGUCCAAUCAUCGCCACCACUCCGGCAGAGUUCAGCAACACCGCUUUCACGGCUGUCGCCCCUGGAGCCACCGGAACAGUAGUGAGUGGACCAAAUGACUCGUACGUUUCUUUUGUUCUCCAUUUCAUCCGAGGACUGGGGCCCUCUCAAGUUGUUCGCUUCGGUGCUCGGCGGAUCCGGAUUAAUCUCACCAGGCGCCCGGCAUUGCCCUCCCUUUACGAAUAUACAAACCAGAUACAUUGCCGCUGCUCUUCCGCAACGCAAAGUUCCCUUUUCGAUGAUGGUGCUCGGCCUGAGUAUUUGCGCACGGCUCAUAUUCUUUCAAGGCUGA